AUGGACGACAAGUCAACGCCUACGUCGCCACUGUCAAUGUCGGCACCAUAUAUACCAACACUUAGUCCACCUACAAUGGCACCACGUACAUCAUCAUUGCAAGAGGUCUCGUUGACCACGCCCUAUGUCCCCGAAGCAUCAUCUCCACCUCCACUUUUACAAACUGAACACGCGAACUCAGACUCAAACUCAAACUCAAUUACAUCCUCAACCCCAAUCCAUGCUCAAGCCCCGUCACAUGAUGGUGCCGACACAGUCACUCAAUCAACUCUUACAACAAAUGCUCAAAUAUCACCAACUACAUCAACAACAGACAAUGUAUUCUUGGAUAAGGAUGGCAUGGGCAAGGCAUUGUACUAUCACUUGUUUGAACAACAGAAUGUAAAGUCAAAGUUGUUUGGCUUCCUGAGGAACCCCCUGCCAAGUAUAAUCAUCGCCUACUUGAUCAUGGCCCUGGUGGUCGUGUGUCCACUCUACCAACAGACCAACUACCUGAGCAUCAACAACCUGACGUACUUAUUGGUGUACAUCCCUAUUGUGGCGGUGUUUUGCUUUGCCGUCUUCUUCUCGCUGACCUACUGCUUCCUGAACCUGUCGCGUGUGCCCGAGAAUGCCAACGUCAUCCUGUUCCUGUUCGCCUUUGUCUGGGUGUCCAUCCAGAUCGGUGUGCACGUGUUGUCGAUGGCCGGCCACAUCUUCCCUGUGCCCUUUGAGUGGAUCAUCGUUUCGUUUGGAUUUGGCGUGCCACUGAUCUACCUGAUCGUCUGGGCGUCCAUGCCUGCACAUCUCCGUCGCAACCCCUUCCGUCGCCCCACCAUCCAGUGGGAUGAUCCCAAGGCCAUCCCCAUGCCACAGCUCACAGCCACCCAAUCAUCGCCCAUAAUAUCAGAUUCGGCCACCUCUUUGGACAAUGUAUCAAUCUCAUCGCAGCACAGCUCAACUGACUCGAUCGGCUUGUCGGACAAGUCGGCGGCAUCGUCCAACUCGACAUCAUCCUCUUCAUCAAUCUCAUCAUCAGACAUGGCGCAGGCUGCCAUCAACAAGGCGGCAGCAGCAGCGUUCGAGAUCACGGUCAAGGAGCAGUCUGCCACGCAAACUCCCAAGACAACAUUCCUCUUCCGUUUCUGGGUUGUGGCGUCAACAUUGUUCCUCGGACCAUUUGGCUACUGUUUCUUCCAUCUCUUCCUCUUGGCUUUCUAUUCAGUUACAUCCAACCUCUUCCAAUCACUCCUCAUCGUCGGUUUCCAAGUCCUCAUCGUCCUCUACAAACUUAUCUUCCGUCUCUCAUUCCAUCGCAUGCGUUUCCACCUGCCCUACAUUCCAAUCAGAGUAUUUCAGGAUGGUAGAAUAUUGUUCCUCUUCUGGCUUGAGCUCAGCUCUCACUGUUUCUUCUCGAUGGUGUUCCCACAUGUUGGCAGUUGGUACAUGAUCUUGCUGUAUCUGAUUGUUGAAGCAAUCAGUCUGACAUUGCAGGUGGUUGCCGACACAUCAUCAGUGCGCUCACUGCUCAUCCGCAUGUUUGAGUCAGUGUACAGCAUCUUUAGCGACAAGCCAUACAAGGGCUACAUGGUCUACAACAUAUUGGGACAGAGUGGCGAGCUGGACCGCACCGUCUCACUCGAGCUCUUCUUCUUCAACUGUGUGGCGCGAUCACUGGCAGGCUUCAGCUACAUCGUCUUCUCGCUCGUGAUCUACUUUGGGCCCAACAAGAAGUUCUACCAGACCAUCGACUCGCUGGAUGCCGACGCCUACAACCUGACGUUGGUGUAUGCCACUGCCUCGAUUGUCUCAUCAUUCGUGCAACUGAUCGUGUUCCGAGUGAUAUUGAAGAGAGUAUAUCGCAUUGAUCUCGUGCGUCAAGGAUACCGUGUAUGGAAGAGAAAGCCAGACGUGGCCUUCUUCUUCAUCACCAACUGUUUCAUCCUGCCACUUGUAGUACUACUACAACAUAACAAUGCUGUUUCAUACCUUCUAAGUGUCAAGCUGUAA